AUGGUACCACGCGCAGGAGCACCUGUGGUAGCGGCUGGGACCUUGGGCCGUGACGGUCGUCUUGUCCCUAGUUCCAGGUCAGGGUUCCGCCGCGACCUUCCUCGCACUCGCCCGACACCCGGCACCCGGUCACUGGGUCAACCGCGUCAGGAGGGUGGAGAUGUUCAAGGUCAUGGGGGUGUUUCCCUUAGCUCAACAAGUUUCUCCGAGCAUACCAUCUCUUCAGUAGAUGAUGAAUCUUCAACAAGUAGAAAACUUCUAUCUUCUUCAUCUAACUCUUCAUCAGUCAAUACUUCCAAAUUUUCGUCACCAUCCGAUUCCAACUCUUCUUCGGAUAAAGAUUCUUCCUCCAAGUCUAUGUCUUCUUCCUCUGAACCAGCUUCAAAAACAAUGUUUUCCAAUAAGGUUUUUAAAAAAGAAGUUGUCGGGAAAAUAUUGUCCACAGGAGACAUAAUGUACAAGAGUGGUGGAGUUGUCGAGGGAGAAAUACAUGGUGUAGAAGUUGGAGGUGGAGAUGCAGUUCUAGUAGCAGUAGGUGUUGAUAGAAUAUCAGCAACAGUGCAGUCAGAGGACGAGGAAGAGCUUGUAGACGAAUCAGAUGAGGUUAACUCCGAAGAAGAUGAACAAGACGAACUUGAUUCAAUAUUAACGCUUUAUCUCGUAGACAUUUUGAAGUUCUCAGAAACAGAUGCCACACUGAUAUACCAUGUGUACACAAUGCUUGGUUCCUUCUUUCCGGUCAUUGGAGGCAUCAUUGCUGACAGCUACCUUGGCAGAUACAAGACGAUUCUCUACCUAACCGUAGUGUAUGUAGCUGGAGCUGUAGUGCUUACGACUGCAUCAACACCAUUCUUCGGCCAUGUAGAUAAAAGGAUUUUUAGUAUAGUCGGUUUCGUCGCUAUAGUUAUAGGCAGCGGCUGCUCCAGCCCGUGUACCCUCCCCUUCGGCGGUGACCAGUUUGUCACCCCCAGGCAUGUCCGUCAACUCCCCAUGUUCUUCAGCCUCUCCUACUUCGCUGUCAACGCAUCCGCCCUCAUCUCAAUGUAUGUCACUCCCAUCUUGAGGCAUAACUUCCAAUGUUUCGGGGAGGAAAACUGCUUUCCCUUGGCGUUUGGAGUCCUAACAUUCGCUCUCAUUAUGUCACUGGUUGCUUUUUGGUCUGGAAAAAGCCAAUACAUUCGUCAAGAGCCCCAAGGAAAUAUUAUCGUCGAUGUCUCAAAAUGUAUAAUCCAUGCUCUCAAGAGUAAGUUAAGAUCGAAGGAGACGAGGGAUCACUGGCUGGACCAUGCAGACGAAAAGUUCAGCAAAUCACUCAUAUCUGAUACCAAAGCUGCGUUCCAAGUUCUCUUCUUAUUUCUACCAAUGCCUGUGUUCUGGGCACUCUAUGACCAACAGGGCUCCAGCUGGAAGUUCCAGGCCACCCGUAUGAACGGAUCCCUAGGCUGGUUCACCAUCAAGCCAGAUCAGAUGCAGGACAUCAACCCCCUACUGAUCAUGGUGUUCAUCCCCUGCUGGUUCGCCAUCAAGCCAGAUCAGAUGCAGGACAUCAACUCCCUGUUGAUCAUGGUGUUCAUCCCCUCGUUACUUACUAAGUCUUCAUAUUUUCCCAGGGCUCCAGCUGGAAGUUCCAAGCCACCCAGCUCCAGGUGGAAAUUCCAAGCCACCCGUAUGAACGGUUCUCUAGGUUGGUUCACCAUCAAGCCAGAUCAGAUGCAGGACAUCAACUCCCUGUUGAUUAUGGGCUCCAGCUGGAAGUUCCAAGCCACCCGUAUGAACGGUUCCCUAGGUUGGUUCACCAUCAAACCAGACCAGAUGCAGGACAUCAACCCCCUGCUGAUCAUGGUGUUCAUCCCCUUGUUCGACAUCGUCAUCUACCCCUGGUUGGCCAAGUACCGUCUCCUGGAACGACCCUUACAGAGGUUCACAGUCGGAGGACUCCUGGCAGCGGUGGCCUUCGCCAUGUCAGCCGUUCUCGAGUGUAAUCUAGAAACGACAUACCCGGUCCUGCCGAGUCAUGGAUUGGCGCAACUGAGGAUAUUCAACGGUCUGGAGUGUGACGUCGCCUUCACCCUCCCCAUGGACCCUCGGUCUGGAGUCAUCCCCGCCCUGGACGCUCUACAGCUCACCAGCAUCCCACUGGAGGGUGAGGCCGAGUACGAGCUAAGGUUCAUGACUGCUGCUAACUGCUCGGAGUUCAGGAAUAGAAGGUUUCAUGGGAGAGUCGUCCUGCAAGAAGCUAAAGCCACGUCAGUCUUUCUUCACACCAUCAAAGGAGUCCCUGUAGUUUCUACGGUUAACGAGACUGACGAGAUAGACAAAACUGAUCUUGAAAACCCUCGACUCAGGGUCCUUCACAGCCUCAGACCGUUCCAAAGCGAGUUCUGGCUGUCCCAACAUAAGUACCAUGAGAUGUUUGAGUUUGAGAAAGACACUUUCUCCACUCCAUACAAAUCUGUUGUGGAAACUGGCAGUUUUACCGCCAUGUUAGCCAACAGAACAGUCUAUGGAGAUAUCAAGCUAGGGCCUGCUGGUAUAUAUACUCUCAUUCUGCACUCCCACAAUAACUUUACGAUAGGUCACGUCAUUGAGGUGACCCCUCCCAACAGUGUGCACAUGCUGUGGCAGCUACCUCAAUACAUCACCAUAACUGUUGCUGAGAUCAUGUUCUCUGUCACAGGCAACGAGUUCGCAUACACUCAGGCGCCAGACUCGAUGAAGUCCGUGAUAUCCGCCUCGUGGGCGAUGACUGACGCUGUUGGCAACUUUAUUGUGGUCAUCAUUGCACAUGCGCAACUGUUCGACAGCCAUGCGACAGAAUUCUUCCUAUAUUCAAUCAUCAUGGUGUUAGCCAUGGUACUGUUUAUGUUAAUAUCUUGCCAAUAUCAAUACUACGACCCUAUCAAAGAGACUCCACCAACUAUAUCAGCAACGAUACCGCCUCCCAGUAUAACGCCGACGUCAUAG